AGGGAAUGGAUAGGAAUGAAAUGGAGCAAGACAUGCAUUGGCGCGUGUCGGGAGUGCCUCGACCACUUUAUCUGAGAUAAAGUUUUAAGUUCCUUCUUUUUUACACGAUAUAAUGAAAGAGAAAUAAAAAAUGUUUAAAUCAGUAUCAAGAGAACAAAAUAACAUAAAGGAAUAAAACAUAAAAAAAAAGGAGAUUGAGAGACAGAGAGAAAGAGAGAGAGAGAGAGAGACACGUAAAUUGCGUGGUAUAUAAAAGAGUAUGACAGGUAGAUACGAAGAAAUACAAACCCGCUCAGUUAUGUCUUGUUACUUUUGCUUUGCGUCUGUGCUGUUCUCUUCCAGCAACACUUUCGGUAUGUUAGGAGCACCGUAUGCAACCAAAGAGAUUUAAACCGCCUUCGUUGUACAUAAGACAUGGUUACAUAGGUCACGCGUUACGAAUUUCACUAAGGAAUGCAAGAUUUACUUAAUGAUAUACGUCCUCAGGAUAUUGAAAUAAAAGCCGAGCAAACGCCUUUAUUACAUUCUUUUCAUUCCAAUAUUCUUCAAUUGUAUUAUUCCUUUGAUAAAUAUUAUCUCUUGAUAUCAAUUAUAUUGUUUAUAAUUAAUUAUUAAUAAUUUUUUAUUAAUGUUCAUGAACUAACGUAGAAGAAUGUGUCAGUUAAGAUGAAUAUAUAAGUUGUAAUGGCAAGUGUAGUUACAUUACGAAUCAAAAACAUUGGAGAUGAGGGUGGUGAUGGUGGUGGUGAAGGCAAUGGUACUGAUAUGAAGACCACAACAACCGAAGCCUCAAGGCGGAAAUGUGAUGUUGAUGGAAGAGAGUCAAAAGCUGAGUUGGUGCAACGCAGUAUGUUUCCUAGCACCCAAAUUAAAAUGAGAUUGCUGUCACCAAGCAGUUCACCAGCAACAUCACCAACGAUGUCCAAUUCAUCAUCACCAACUCCACCAACUCCAGCUGCUCCAACGUAUAACACAAAAAUACACGGUAUUCCUUGUGUUGCUGCUGCAUCAAGAUAUACAGCACCAGUUCAUAUUGAUGUUGGUGGAACAAUUUAUACAUCUUCAUUGGAAACUCUUACAAAGUAUCCAGAAUCAAAAUUGGCAAAACUGUUCAAUGGCAGUAUACCUAUUAUGCUGGAUUCUUUGAAACAACAUUACUUUAUUGACCGAGAUGGAGGGAUGUUUAGACAUAUUUUAAAUUUCAUGAGAAAUUCACGGCUACUAAUUCCUGAUAAUUUCGCUGAUCUUGAUCUUUUAUUAGAAGAAGCUAGAUACUUUGAUAUUACCCCAAUGUGCAGACAAAUAGAACAACUUAAGAAAGAACGAAUUAAAAACGGAAUAACAAUUCAAUCAUCAAAUCCUCUAUCAACUUUAUCAAACAGAGGUGGAGCAGAAACACCACCUUGUCGAGACACUGACAAAAGAGCAACACCAACAUUUGAAUGUUUAGCUCUUCAUGUAAGUCCUGAUCUUGGAGAACGUGUCAUGUUAUCAGGUGGACGUGCUUUAGUUGAUGAAGUAUUUCCAGAAACCACACAGGCAGUUAUUGAUGCUCGUUCUAGUGUUGCAUGGCAUCAACAAGACACCCGACAUGUCAUUCGUUUUCCUCUCAAUGGUUAUUGUAAACUUAAUUCCGUACAAGCCAUCACUAGGCUGUUAAAUGCUGGUUUUCGAGUGGUAGCAAGCAAUGGUGGAGGUGUUGAAAGUCAGCAAUUUUCAGAAUAUCUGUUUGUACGCCAAGGAAGUAAUACUUGACAGGCUAAUUUUAUAAAUAAUAGUAUUGAAAAUUUUUAAAAUUAUCUUUAACAAAUUAUCUAGAAAUAAAAGUUUAAAUAAAAAAAAAGACUUAGAAAUUAGCCAAGUUAAGUGAUAAAAUUGAAAAAA